AUGUCUUCGUCCUUAGUGCAGGAGCCUCUAGCAUCCGAGACUCUGGGAUCUGCCAGUACCCCCGUGAAUAAUAAUUCGAUAUCAACAGCAUCCUCAUCCUCAUCCUCAUCAGCCGCCAAGGUUCCUUCGGAGACCCCUUCGCCUCAAAGAAUAUCACUAAGUUCCCGAAAGUCUAGUGGGCUCAGAGACUCACUUUUAUCGUCAUUACAGCAACGGCCGUCGUCUAGAAGAGUGUCGCAGUCCAGCAAUAUCAACGCCAGUUUGACAAAUCUCAGAAUCUCCCAACAGUUGAACGAUGAUGAAACCUUGAAAGAACUCUCUAGAAGAACUUCAGAAAGAUCAUCGUUCCCAAUGAUCCCUUCUUUGAGAAACUCCUUGAGAAGCUCUAUUCACUCGAAUUUCAAAUCAAAGAAGAACUCAAUGUCCAAAGAUAUCAACUCGAUCAUGGAGAUUUAUGACUUGAUUUCCGUCAGAGAUUUUGGGUACCCUCCAUCCAAUCCGUUACACUAUGGAUUAUCCAAUUACGAAUUAUACCUUAAUAACCAAUCGUCUUCACAGUUGGACAAUUAUUAUAAUAACUACAACAAUCAAAGUUUCAACUACUUUGGUGGUGGUGGUGGCCAAGAUAUCGUUGUUGAUAAUGACGCGUCCGCCGCCACGACCGCCCCAGAAGAGUCUUCGGUACAAAGAGCCAUUGCAUUAUUUGACUUUCAAGCAGAGAACGAUAAUGAACUCGAACUUAGGGAAAGUCAGAUCAUUAACAUUUUGUAUAGACACGGACAAGGGUGGCUAGUUGGUGAAGAUCCAGAGACAAACAAUACUGGGUUGAUUCCUGAAGAAUAUGUCGAGCUAAUAUUUGAAGAAAAUGGGCAGUUAUUCACAGCUAGUCAGCUAAUACAGGCAGAAGAAGAAGAAGAAGAAGAAGAAGAAGAAGAAGAAGAAGAAGAAGAGGAAGAAGAAGAAGAGGAAAAGGAAGAGGAAGAGGAAGCGAAAAGACAAGUCGAGGACCAGGAAUAUCGUGAAGAUGAUCAGAUAAAUGAUGAGAAAGAUGUAAGUCCCACUAUGAAAAUUGAUGACGAUAUUGAUGAAGAAGUUUUUUAUAAUGCCCAUUCCCGGCUAGCUUCACCAGUGGAAUCUACAUAUCCCAAUCGCUCAAUUGAAGAAGUGAGUUACACAAAAGAAGGGACACUGAUCAGUGACAGUGAAGAUAAUGACCCAUUAAACCCGAGGACUACGCAAAUCUCUCGAUCCCCUUUAAGUAAUAUUAAUUACAACGAAUCAUUAAGUGGCAAUGAAUCAAAUUACACACUAAAUCAGAGAAACCCAAGUAUUUUUGAGUUUGAUCAUGUUAGUGAGCACGAACUCCAUAAAGAAGAAGAAGAAGAAGAAAAAAAAGAAAAGGAAGCAAAAAAAGAAAAAGAAGAAGAACAAGAACAAGAAGAAGAAGAAGAAGAAGAAGAAGAAGAAAAAGAAGAAAAAGAAGAAAAAGAAGAAGAAAAAGAAGAAGAAGAAGAAGAAGAAGAAGAAGAAGAGGAAAAUAAUAAUGAAAAGGAGCAAGAAAAAAACGAUGACAAUAAUGAAAAGAAGGAUAAAGACAACGACGAAAAAGAUGGGAACCAACCACAAGAAGGAAAAGGAGGAGAUGAUGAGGACAAAGAAGAAAUUAAUGGCCUAGAAAACCAAGGAGAAAUGAAUAAAGGAGAUAAUCAAGCCAAACCGAAUUCUGGAAAUAAACAUAAUGGAAAUCAAAAAUUUGACCAUAGCGAGAGCAAUGAUCGUAUUGGUGGAUCGCGAAGUUAUUAUAAAUUUCUAGAGAACAGUUCUACUACCCCUAACCCAAUGGAUAAAACCGGUGACUCAAGUAGUAGUGACAAGUUUUCCAAUGAACUCGAAUCAGAAACUUCCGAUCUUCAAAUCGAUAAUGCAGAAUUGAAACCUUUUUUACCAGAGAUUUUCAGGGUCAACUCACAGAAUUCGAACUCUUUAAGCAAUAAUGCCGAUUCUCCCUUAUCACUUUCCAAUUCUGUCAGUUAUCCCAGAUUUGUUCACAAAAGAAGCUUUUCCAAUAAUAUUAAUAGCAACCUUGGGAACCUUCGAAACUCUACUGGAUAUUCUAGUGGUUCAAAUAGUAUGAUCAAUGGCAAGUCUGGGAUCCACGGAUCGUCAUCAUUUAAUUCGAAUUUGAAUCUUAGUGUGACUUUCAAUGGCUCACCGAAAACUGCGAUAUUGACGGGGACUAGCCAUCAUACUAUGAAUGGCAAACGGAGUAAUAGUUUGUUGUUUGGCGGUGGGUUAAUCCAAAGUAAAUCUACCAACUCCAUUAAUCUCAAGAUGACCAAUGUUUCGUCGAUGAUGUCUAUACCAAGAUCCACAUCGUUGAACAAAGGAUUUGUGGGGAUGGGGGAUGAAUUUGACUUACGAUUUAAACCCCCCAAUUUAUUGUCUAAAGAUAAUUACUUCAUGAAUGGUGGUUUGAAUAAUACAAGCGUUUUCAUGAACCAAAAGCUCAGUCGUGAUCGAAGUGCCACCACCAGUGGGAACAACACUGACGAAGAUUUUUGGGUCGAUGAUGAAUUCCAAGAUUUUGAAAAAAGAUUUAAGUCGUCAAAUGGUGAUGGCGACAUACUGAUGAAACAAGAUGAGAAGGAAGAGGAAAUAGUAAUGAAAAAAGAAGAGCAUGUGCAGGAAGCGUCAUCCAUGUAUAUUCUGGACAUUGAGUACGAAGAUAACCAUAGUUUUUCCAAAGCUUCUGCGAUUACUCCUGUUACAUCUACUCCGGUCACAUCAACACCCAAUGAAGUUAGUACAGCCGGGUCUUUGAUAACUUCAAGACUCCCAAAAUCUUUAACCAUGAGAAGUAUCAGUGGACACCAUAAAUUGUUUACGAAUCACCAUUCUGAAAAUGAAAAAAAGAGUGGAUUUACAAGGGUUUUGAGUAGAAAGUUCAGUAAAAUAAGAUUGAAAACCAAUUGA